UUAACCUCUAAAGUUGUUAUAAUUCUUAAUCUGAGGUUAUAAGUAACAAUUACAACUGUUGUUCAAAUUCAAAGAUAACAUUUCUACUUCUUUGAAAGUUACGCAAAUAAUUAUAAAUAAUGUCUUUAGCUGACGAGCUACUAGCAGAUUUGGAAGAGAAUGAUGAUGCAGAACUUGAAUCUAUGAUUGAUAACAAAACAUCAAAUAAUGCGUCUCAUGAAUUUGCUGUUCCUUACCCUGUUAUUCCUAAAGAAGAUGAAAUAAAAAAUGUUUCUAUUAGAGAGCUAGCUAAAUUAAGAUAUUCAGAACGUUUACAGCGGGUAGUAACAGAAAUAGAACAAAAUCAUGGAAAUAACAGAAAAAAAAUUGAGGUUACCGGACUAAUGGAGUCAGAUCCAGAGUAUCAACUUAUAGUUGAAGCCAAUAACAUUGCAGCUGAAAUUGAUGGUGAAAUUGCUAUUAUCCACAGAUUUGUUCGGGAUAAGUACCAGAAAAGAUUUCCGGAGUUAGAGUCUCUAAUCAUCACUCCCCUUGAGUAUAUUCGUACAGUUAAAGAGCUUGGUAAUGAUUUGGAUAGAGCUAAAAACAAUGAAAUACUACAGAGUUUCCUCACACAAGCUACUAUUAUGAUUGUAUCUGUCACUGCCUCAACAACACAAGGGAAAUUGUUAAUGGAUAAUGAAUUGAUGGAAAUAAACGAAGCAUGUGAAAUGGCUGGAGAUUUGAAUCAUUACAAGUCAAAAAUUUAUGAAUAUGUUGAGAGUAGGAUGACAUUUAUUGCCCCUAAUAUUACUGCAAUUGUUGGAGCAUCAACUGCAGCUAAGAUUCUUGGUGUUGCCGGCGGCUUAUCCAAACUAUCAAAGAUGCCAGCAUGCAAUGUGUUACCAUUAGGACAGCAGAAGAAGACAUUAUCUGGUUUCUCCCAAGCCGCUGCUUUACCACACACCGGCUUCAUUUAUUUCUCUCAAAUUGUUCAAGACACAGCACCUGAAUUAAGAUACAAAGCGGCAAAGUUAGUAUCAACUAAGCUAACACUAGCUGCUAGAGUUGACGCUUGUCAUGAAAGUACUGAUGGACAUAUAGGAAGAAUGUUACGGGAAGGAAUUGAGAAGAAACUCGAUAAAUUACAGGAACCACCACCGGUAAAAUUUGUGAAGCCAUUACCAAAGCCAAUAGAACAGAGCCGUAAGAAGAGAGGAGGAAAGCGAGUUAGAAAGAUGAAGGAGAGAUACGCCAUGACUGAGUUCAGGAAGAAUGCAAACAGAUUAAACUUCGCUGACAUAGAAGACGAUGCGUAUCAAGAAGAUUUAGGUUACACCCGUGGCACCAUCGGCAAGUCGAGUACGGGUCGUGUACGUCUGCCGCAGAUAGACGAGAAGACAAAGGUCCGCAUAAGCAAGACUCUGCAGAAGAACCUGCAGAAACAGAACCAGCAGUAUGGCGGCGCCACCAGUAUUAGAAGACAGGUCUCAGGAACGGCCUCUUCAGUUGCCUUUACUCCUUUGCAGGGUCUGGAAAUUGUAAAUCCUCAAGCAGCCGAGACCCGAGUCAAUGAAGCAAAUGCCAAAUACUUUUCAAAUACUUCAGGAUUCCUGUCCGUUGGGAAGAAGACUACGUAAAUGAAGAAGUUUAAUUUUUUUUUAUGUAA